CCGUCCCUUCCUUCCCUUAGCUCGGUUUGUUCGACGUGCCUCAGCGAAUCUCCGCUCCGAGCAAGGUUCUAUUUUCCAGUUGGAUUCAGUCGGACAAAGUGAGAAGAUCGUGAAGUUAUGCCAAUGCUCUUGGAGAUGGUGCAUGAUUACUGAGAAACUCCAUAACUAAGGAUCAGAAUACGACGAUCUAAUGGGUAAUUCCAGCCCUUUGUUCAGACAGGAUUUCAUGUUGCUGUUAGUGUGUGAUGUUCCAAGUACGAGUUGGAGCAAUCUUUUGUGGUGAAGUGUAUAAAUUUAGCUCAAAGGAUGACUGAUGGCCACCUUCAAAUUUGUGCUUCUCAUUGUGGUGCCAUUAGUCUCGUGAAAAGCAGGUGAUGUUUACAGUACACAAAUUGGUGCCACUAUUGGGAGUCGAUUUUGAAAGCACGCUGCUUUGUCCGCCUUGUCAUCACUUCUAAGAGUUUGAAUGCUUGGUUUUCUCCUUGAACCUUUGUAGUGGUGAGAUAGAUAACUAAGAUCUGCUUCCACUCUUGUCCCCUCUCCAUUAUUGUUCAAUCGUGGACAAACAAAAAGAGGCCCCACAUUUGGACGUGAAAUCUUGGGUUUCAGUCUGCCAAUGAUAUGGCAACCAAUUCACGACUAGGAUACGAAAGAUGUAGAUCGGAGGUAAUGUUUGUCCACUCCCUCGCGUUCUGGCAGAAAACCUGCUUCGGGAGAUAAAGAGACAAGAACCGCUGGAAAACAACCCACUCAUUUGUCAGGGACUUGCCAAUCCAACAACCACCAACGGGUAAUCACCCCACUCUCAGCCAAGGUGAAAAUUAAAGGAGAUCCCCGAAAACAUUGAAUCCUCUUGACCUAUUCUCCACGGAAGAGGACCGAAACAUUACUCAAACUAAUCAAGACAUACCCAGAGGGCCCUCUGUGUUUUGGAUUAAAAUUCCUACUCGACACCAUUGCCGCACCACCAGGAUUCAGCCUGAGGCUUUCGGUCGGUCACAAAUGUGUUUGAAUUUCACUCGACAACCCACCAAGGGCCGGUCAGGUGACCAAUUUCUCCGCCUCAUCUUCCCAGAGUUGUGUUAAGCCAUAGGGCCUGCCAAGGUGGAGUCCGUGAACAUAAUACCAUGGGAGUGCCACAACCAGGGAAAUGUUGCUGGCCGUGAAGAUAAAUGGAAUUCCUUUUGACAAGUCUGGAGUGGCCGAUAUGGCUUGUCACUUAACCUCACAGGGUGGGCUGUAACGCGCGGUAUUCUAUUUAGCCAUUGUAGUGAGAGUGCGAAAACAACAAGGCACAUUUUUGUGAACCCUCUGGAGGAAACCUGACAAUUCGUCCGUAGCUGCUUGUCUUGAAAGAGGAGGAUUGAUCAAGUGAAUAAUAUCGUCGACUCCCGCUGUCACCCGUACCAUUGUGAGUGAACAAUCAUAAACACAUCCUUGUAAGGGAAGCGAACCCAUCAAAGAGAUCGGGAGGAUCUGGCUGCUGCAAUUCAUCGGAAGAAUCUCGUCUUUCGACAUUUUUGGAGGCAAAUCAUCUUCAGGAUUUGUUGUAGGCGUCAAGAGGCACUUCUCAAGAGAAGAAGGUGAUAGGAGAAAUUUGUUUUGGAAUGGCGAAAAAAAGGUGAACCAGCUUCACCACCACCAUUUCAUGAUCAAGUCUGAGAGUGUUCUUUCAUCAACCCAAGUUUGUGUGUGUGUGUGUGUGUCUCCUCCGUCUCCAUCUUCUGGUACAUGGUGCUUUUAGAGGAGGAGAUCGUGCUUUGGGAUGCAAUGGAAUUUUGUGCAUGGUUGAGUGACUUGGCCCGGAUUUGAUUGGAAUCUUGAAUAGAAUUCUCCCCAGGAUUUGUGUCCAAAAUGUGGUAAACCAACCCCUGUGAGCCUAUUAUGUGAUCUGAUCAGAAGACUUGGUGAAGCAAAUCGAAUGCUUGCUGGACUUUUUUAUUGUUCCUGUGUGGCCCCUUGCCUACUAAUCCAGGAAAAUGACGACCAUUAUUAUGAUCAGUAAUGACAGUUCCGUGAUUAUAAAUCCGACGACCAAUGAGGACGAGGAGAAAUGCAAAGUGGAGAAAUCCAAGUCCGAAGAAAAACGAAGAAGAGAUCGAGUGGAGAAGGAUGAUGAGGAUGACGACGGCGACGGAGAUGGUGAAGAAGAGGAUGAUGAUGAUGAAUGCAAUGAUGUCAUUUCACCACCGUUUUCGAGUCCUGAUUCGCCCUCAUCCAACAACUCCAUAGGUUCUCCUCCUCCCUCGGACACAUCAUCAUUCAUUAGCUCGAAAGGAGGGAAAAAUCAAGGCGGAAGAAAGUCCCAGACGCAAAAACUUCUCAACAACCGUAGGCGUUAUAAAACGUCUUUGAGCACCCUGGAAUCCGAUUCCGAGGAUCUUAACCACUCAAGUUCCUCCAGUGGGACAUCUACCCUGAACUCAGGGGCCUCUUUGAACCUAGUUCAUGGAGCUGUACCCUCCAUCCCAAGUGAUCUGUUCCUGACUUCUUUGGAUGAUAAUUAUAUCAGUGCUCUCAAGGCAAAUGCAAUUAUUAAACCGCCUAGAAAAAGCUCUUCCACACCCGUGGUCAUAACUCGGAGUUUCAGUCAACCCACACAAAAAGCUCCUUCAUCUCAGUCAUCCUCGUGUGUGAAGAUAUCCUCUGGCCCAAGUGGGCAUAAGUCAUUGGGAAGCAUCAAAGAAGUGAUAAAUUCUCCUUCAAGUGGGCCACAUGGUCUGAGAUUUUAUAUUAAUCACCCAUCAUGCAAUUCACAGGUCACUGCUUUGUCUCGAAGCGAUUGCAGUUCUAAUACAAUUACCUAUGACACGAAGUCCUUGGGCCGGAAACAUCAUUGCCGGCCGUCAGAAGAAAAGUGCUCCUCCCUCAUUGCUAUUGGAAAUAGGCCAUUGGCUUCGGCUAUCAACACCAAUGGCCUUCCCAAUGUGUCUAGCUAUUGCACCCUGAUACGUUCCAGGACCCCCAAACCUAAAUCCAGAUGCCAUGUUCAAGCACUUCCCUCCGUACCUGAUCAGAAUGAGGAUAACCCAAGGUCCGAUGAGGUCUCCUCAUGCGAAUCAAAUCAGUCAUUAUUCCAGCAAACAGGUACCAGAAUCAAGUUAAGUGUUUCAUCAGGCACCAGUCAAAAAGGCCAUUUGGAAUCAUCGCAGCCAUCAUCAUUAAAUAAUUCCUGCCCAAGAUCCGAGCCAGAACCUGCUUCUUUCUCCAUCUACAGCGACAUUAAUGACUUCAAGGAACUAUUUACCUCCACUAACGAUGGUAUCGGUGCCAAUGUUGAAAAAGACAUUUUCAAGCACCACCAACUCCAAAAACCUUUGGCAUCAAUUAUUUCCAAUUCCGUUUUCUGGGCUGACUCGGAAGACGAGCUGAUUGAGAGCCAAAUAGAAGAGCCAGACAUUGAUAACUUCACUUCCGACGAUGAUCAAUUGAGUGAAAUUGCUGCCGCUCGGAGGUUAGGCAAUGAUUGCGUCGGGGUAUUGCCAACUGGUUGCCAUCGCCAUCCUCAUCAUGCCUCCCUACCCCCUCCUCGUCUUAGACUUGACCAGGAUAUUGACGACGUCGAAGAUGAAGCCGAGUUUCAAACCAAAGGAGCGGAGACCGAUGGCUAUCUCAGUAGUUUGCUCCAGGAUGAUUGGAGCAAGCAAACUGAAUCAGACGCCAUCGCUAACAGAGGCUUUCCUGGCAAUGCAGCUGGUCUGUUCACUUCCCUUGGGGCUCUUUGGGAAGAUGUUGAAGUCCAGAGGCAAAGAAAUCUCCGACACAGGAGCAAGUCCAGUCAAAGAAGACUGUCCCCGGAUAUGGGCCGAAAGCUCCCCGGGUUGAAAUCAGGGUUCAACCUGGCCAAGAGUAUGGAUGGCCUUUUAUUGCGAGACCCCAGCUUUGCCAAACCGUCAUCGGGUUCCGACGUUCGAGUCAAAGGAGGCGGUGGGAUCACCUCCAAUGUGAAGCGAUUCUCGUCAGCUCUCAGUGGCCUCAACUUGGCAGCCAACUCCAAGAUCCUUCGAAGACACACAACUUACGUGAAAGGACCAAAGUCAGGAGUGAGCACUAUACCCACGACCACGACCACCACUUCUACUGCCUCUCCCAUUGCCUCAAAUUACCACAGUGAGAGAACCCAUGUAAGCCCAUGGCAAUCGUCUACUAUCGAACGCCUUCAAACUCAUUAUCAAACGCCUCAUGUGCACUCUUGGCAUCGGAAUCGAAUCACGGACCGGAAAGGGGAAGAACUUUUUGCAAACGGCAAGAAUGAGAAAUUGGGCUGGAGUAGUCGGGGUUCGAGCGUUCGGAAGCAUCUGGUUCGUCGCUCACUUUCCAGCUCGAAAAUUGAUCAAUUAGGACAAGACUCGGAAGAAACCUCGUGGCCACCGACUUCCAAAACCCGAGUCAAAGGCGAGAACAAGGAAAAUGAUGUGGUCAUCACCGAUGAGCUGGACGAGAACUCGUCUCAAAACGGAAGUCUGGCCUCUGAUCGCGGUGUUGACAUUGGGCGAGUGGGCAUGUGGGCCACCGACUUCGAGAAGCUCCUGCACGACCCUGUGGGACUCCAGACAUUCACGGAGUUCCUCAAGAAGGAGUUCAGCGCCGAGAACAUCUUCUUUUGGGUGGCUUGUGAGCGCUACCGACACUUGGAGAACGAAUCAGAGCGGCACACGGCGGCCAUUCAAAUCAUGGACAGACAUCUCUCAGCUGGAGCUCCCGAUCCCGUCAAUGUGGAUUCACAUGCUCGACAAGCCGCUCAAGAUGGCAUGGCGACCACCACACCAACCAUGUUCAACCUGGCCCAGAAGCAGAUCUACAAUCUGAUGAAGUUUGACAGCUUCAGUCGGUUUCUCAAAUCCGAGCUCUAUAAAGAAUCCCUCUUGGCCGAGAUGAGUGGGAAUCCUUUACCGUUCGCCAACGAUUUGGAAGCCCCAUUAACUGAGAAAAGUGGCGAAGAGAGCAAGGGGUCCUCCAAGGAGAAGUCCUCGCUCUCUUGGGGUAAAAAAUCCAGCAAGGCCGACGUCGAGAAUCGAAGGCGUUCUUUGCUGCCAUGGGGUAACCUUCGAGGCAAAGAUCGAUCCAAGUCCAAGGAGAGAUCUAUCGGGGAGAGCGAGCUUCGGGCGGCCAAGUCCAUGACUCUCGUACCUAGUCAAGGUCAGCACAAGCUGAAGGCCAAAUCGCGGGACGAUCUCAGCCAGUCCAGUCGAGCCUCGUUGACGAGCGCGGAUGUAUCCAAGUUGUCGAAUAACUCGCGUGAUUCCUCGUUGAGCCACAACGCGGACUGUGAAGGCUGCACGUUGGCGCGUGUGAUCCUGCCGGACAAGGCCACGACCGUGGUUCAAACGAGGAACCAAGAGACCAUUCGAGCCAUGGUUUCGCGGCUGCUGGACAAGAGAGGCCUCAAAUACACCUCUUUCGAUGUAUUUGCUCCUAAUCUUGACAAGCCAUUGGACUUAUCCGAGGAUUGCUCCACCCUAGGCUGCACCGAGGUUCGAGUUGAGCCUCGGGUUCUGUUUCGUCUGGAACUCCCUUCCAAGAAGUCCAUCGGGGUCAAGGCCAAACCAGCCAAGAUCGUCAAAGACGUUCUGGGUCCGAUUCUGAGUCAGUACGGUUGGAAUCUGGACGAGAUGCGGGUGAAACUGGAUAGCUCCAGAAUCGACAUUGACCUCGAAGACACGGUCCAGUCCAUUGAUAAUUCGCGUUUAGUCGUAACUGGUCGAAUGCCUACGGAAGAGGUCAAUUCAAGACUCUUUGAGGACAUGAUGCGCUCGAAACGUCCCCACAAUAACGGAUUGGACGAUCAAAGGUCAGUCCGGACCGACAGUUCCACCGAAUCCUCCACCCGGAUUUAUAAGAAGGUCCCUGGAGGAGACACCGAGAAGCAGAGUAUGCCUCCUCCAGAACGGAUUCCUAUGAAACGUGGAGGUGGAGGAUCGGCCUUUGCUAAGCCGAAAAACGCCAAUGGUCCCCCGUCCUCGGCGGCAAUCUUGAAAAACACCGGGGUGACAGAAGAACUUUACGAGGGUCUCAAACUUGCUCAACGAGGUCGGCUUGACGAUCAAAGGGGAACGGAAAUUAAUUUUGAGAUGCCAGAUUUCCUCAAACGAGGCGAUGCGAACCCUCGGCCCAAUCAGGGUAAGGAAAACAGUCAUCCCUUCCAAUCACCAUUAUCCCAUCGCCAAAGUGAGCCCAUCAUCUCCAAUCACCGCCUGGAUGUAUUUCCUCCCGAUCCCCGGCUCUCUACCAUAUCAUCCAAUAACUUCUACAGUCAGAUCGAGAACGACUACCACACCCUCAACCACCCAAACCACCCAUCGCCGUUUGGGCGUCCUCCAAGGGACAGUUUCUACGUCCACAAUCGAAGUAACGACAGCAAUUUCUCACAGGAAGGAUACUUGCCCAAUUCUUCAGAGGCAGAUCGAUUCUUCAAUUUAUCCAACCACUCCGGAGAGUUCUCCUCGGGACAGUUUAACGAGUCCCGUGUGAGUUUGGGCUUUGGCAACACGCCUUAUAGGCGUGGUGCGAGCACCCAACCUCACCACUCUUUGCCCCCUCAAUCCUUGGAACCUCCCCAGAACUUGUACGAGACCUUGUCCCACUACAAAAGUGGAUGGAACACGCCAGGAACGAGUCUCCCGCCCAUGGCAGACCCGACCAUGCUCAUGCGCCGGGAACCGCCUCCACUGCCGCCCAAGCCCAAAUUUGGCCGAAUGGGCCGGCCUAAUGGGGUCAGUUCGGAGAUCGACAUGCCCAUGCAUCAAGCUCCACAACAUCAGCAACACCAGCAGCAACAACAGCAACAACAACAGCCACGAGGCUAUUCUGUGAGCUUUGUCUAGAAAGUUCGUAGACAAAAGCGGGAAUUGCCCGAUGCUUCCUCGACUCUCGCUUGGCUGUGAUCGACAUUUUUAGAGUUGAGCUUUUGAUUAAGCUCCGUGAUGGGUUUUAGACUUCUUGCACGGUGGAUGAACCCAAUGGUUUAUUUUCUCAUCUCCCUCGACCUCUGUAGUACAAUCGUCCUUUCAACGAAAUAUCAAAAAAUAAAUGAAACUAUGAAACUGGA